UAUAAAUAUAUAUCUUGAACGCUGAUAAAAUGAUAGUCCGCUUUCAUUCUCACAAAACCUAAUUCUGCAUAGCCUCCAUAUCCAAACGCAGUUUAACCUUACGCGCACCGACGUCGAAUCCCGCAAUUAUAGUUGGGAUGUCUGGGGAAGGCUUUGAUGGACAGGAUGCGGGCUAUGUGCCUGAGAACCCGAAUUUUCCACAAAAUCAUUCUGAUGAACAUGAUGCGGGAGUGAUUGAUAAUUCCGGAUUUCCUGAACAAGAGUCUGAACAUGAUGCAGGGAAUGUAGUUGAGGAAUACAAUCCUCCAGACAAUCAUUUGGAUGGACUUGAUGCUGGAGAUUUGCCCAAAAAUUCUGAGUCUCCACAAAAGCAUAUUGAUGAGCAUCAUGAGGUAGGAGAUAUAACUGAGAGUUUUGAUUCUCAGAAGCAGGAACAUGACAUAGAUUCAAAAGGAACUGAAAUAAAACGGUGGCCGGGGUGGCCUGGAGAGAAUGUAUUCAGAAUGUUGGUUCCUGUUCAGAAGGUAGGCAGUAUUAUUGGCCGCAAGGGGGAAUUUAUUAAGAAAAUUACUGAAGAGACAAAAGCUCGCAUUAAAAUACUCGAUGGUCCCCCUGGAACCUCAGAAAGAGCUGUAAUGGUAUCUGCAAAAGAAGAGCCAGAUCGCACCAUACCACCUGCUGUGGAUGGCUUGUUAAGGGUUCAUAAACAAAUUGUCAAUGUUGACCGUGAUCUUGCUGAUAGCACAUCUGUUGCUGGGCGCUCUGUUGUUACAAGACUUCUUGUUGCUGAUACUCAAGCAGGAAGCUUGAUUGGGAAGCAGGGGUCUACUAUAAAAUCCAUUCAAGAUACAUCCAGUUGCACCAUACGAGUUCUUGGAUCAGAGCACCUGCCAGUUUUUGCUCUGCGAGAUGAUAGCGUUGUUGAAAUACAAGGUGAAUCUGCUGGAGUUCACAAGGCAGUUGAACUUAUUGCAACUCAUCUACGGAAGUUCUUGGUGGACCGAAGCAUAGUUGGAGUAUUUGAAACACAGAUGCAAUCAGCAGAUGUUCGACCCAACCAGAAUGUGCCACCACAUCAGCCGUGGGGUCCUCCUCCUCAAGGGUUUCCAGCUCCUGCAGCUGGUGGACCUCCAUUUGCUCCUAAUCCUCAAUAUAUGCCACCUUCACAUCACUACGAUAACUAUUAUCCGCCUGCUGAUCUGCCUCCUAUUGACAAACACCUUCAUCAGGGACCACCUGCUUAUGGAAGGGAUGCUUCCAUGGUUUCCAGUGCGCAACCACAACAAUCUGUUGUGACUAAGGUUACACAGCAUAUGCAAAUUCCUCUGUCCUAUGCUGAUGCAGUUAUUGGAACGUCAGGUGCAAACAUCAGCUACAUUCGUCGUGCUAGUGGAGCAAGUAUUACAAUUCAGGAGACAAGGGGUGUACCAGGGGAGAUGACAGUUGAAAUAAGUGGGACUGCUUCACAAAUACAGACUGCUCAACAGCUGGUGCAGAACUUCAUGGCUGAAGCUGCAAGCACGGCACAGGAUCAAAUGGGUGGAUCAGUUGGGCAAGGCUACAAUUCGUAUCCUGCUAAUGCUCCUGUUUACGCGUCUCCACCCUCAAGCGCUGGUGGCCAUACAGGCCAUGCGCCUGCUGCUGAUUAUGGUCCUGUAUACGGCACCAAUUAUGGUUAUUGAGAAUGUCACAUUGAAGUGUAAUUGUGGGAAAGCUUCUGUUCUUGUAACCACCGUUGAAUUUUUAAUUGGAGCGGGGUAUCGAAUUAAACUUGGGAUUCUGUCCUAUACCCCAUAGGUUUAUGUUGUAUUAUGCUUGGUAUAUGACACUGCGUAGGAUUCAGAAAGUGAGAUUAUUUGGUAGGAUUUUGAUUCGGUAAUUUCAAACAGUUUUUCCUGGCUAAAA